UAUAAAUAAGUUAGUUCUGUUGGCUUUUAUUUGUGCCAAUAUUGCUGUUGGGCUUAACUCAAAAUAAAUUGGGCUAACGUGAAGAAGUUCUGAAUUUAUUGACCAAAGACACUUUGGUUCAUCCGGAAAGGAUACAUGUAGAGAAGCCUUAGCCACACAUAUGAAUGAAUGAUAAAGAAGUGGUAUGAAAUGGCAAAAAUAUGCUGGUUCAACAGAGCAUCCUCUGCACCACCCUUACAGUUCCACUCCCAGGUACUACUAAAUACUAAUAAUAGCAGAAAGCAUUAUGCAAUAUAUAAUAUGGCAAAAGAAAAAGACAAAACCCCUCAGGUAUUGAAGAUUGCUGUCAGUGGAGUAACUGAGCUUCUGAGGCUUUUCUCUCCUUCCCACCAAACAAGUGCUUCAAGUGUUGAGAAACAGAACAAUGAAUUCACAGUUUCAAGUGUUGAUGAUGUUCUAAUCAUCAUCAAGUCUGAUUAUGACAACGCAUAUUUUGUCACAGGGAACUUCACUUCUUCAAUUUAUGCAGAAAACUGUAUCUUUGAAGAUCCAACUAUUAAAUUUAGUGGUAAGGAGUUAUACGCGCGAAACUUGAAAUUGCUUGUUCCCUUCUUCGACAGUGCCUCAAUUAGACUACUAAAGAUAGAAAAGGAUGUUAAAUCUGACACAAAUUUUCUGCGCGCAUCUUGGAAACUGAGAACGAACUUAAAGCUUCCUUGGAGGCCUCUGAUUGCUAUCGAUGGAAGCACUUCUUAUGAACUGGAUGAUGAUUUCAAAAUCAUUAGGCACGUCGAGAGUUGGAAUGUUUCCGCACUCGAAGCAGUUUUGCAGAUUUUCACUUUCAAGUUUGAAAAAUCGGGCGGUUAAUACUUUAAUGUCACAAAGUUUCGCAAUCAUACUAAUCUCUUUAGUACAAAUUAAAGAAAGAUUAUAAAUAAAAGAGUUUUAUUACAAUGUAUUUUACAGCCAGAAGCAGAAAUUAAAACGUACAAGAAAUAACUCAAAUCAAUUAAC